UAAAACACAAGCACAAGAUGAAAUAUUUAAAAAUUUCAUGGAAAUUUAUAGCGAAAAAUUUUGUUAAGAUAGACCGCGCGGCAAUGGAGGCUCUUUGGGCAGAUCUGGCGAAAAAGCUUAAUUGUGAAGGUCCCCCACAAAAAGAUAUAAAUGGCUGGAAGAAAGUCUGGUCGGACCGGAAGGACUGUGUAAGAAAAAAAAUUGCACACAAUAAACGCGAGACUAGAGCCACCGGUGGAGGUCAGUUUAACCAGUUCGUUUUAACAUCAACCGAAGAAAAAAUUGCUGAACUAGCCGGUAUAUGUAUUUACGAGUGUUGAGGGGAUUCCCAAAAUAUUUUCAUUCACUAUAAAUGAAAGUACAUCA